AACUGGGCAUGGAACUGGCGUCUCAAGAAGCAGACCAACAGGGGUACGGUCUGCGGGCACGUGCAGAUCUUCCGUGACCCCGUUUGGCGCCGACCCGACUCCGCUCCGGCACAGGGCAUCGGCCGUGGGCGGUCACGCGACGAAGACUGGCCCGCGCUCCCAGUUUUCGGAGGCACGCCAGGGCAACCCAAUCCAGAUGCGUACCUCCAGAAGUUUAUCGCGCCGGCGGGCCUCACCUUCAACCCGGCAGCCAUCGCCUUGGUCGAGCAGGUUCAGGCGCAG